AUGUCCACUAAACUUGUUAAGUGGAAUCAAAGUGCUGAUUGUUGCUCUUGGGAAGGCGUAACCUGCAACGAGGGCCGUGUUAUUGGUCUCGACCUGACCAACGAAUCCAUCUCGGGUGGACUCGACAAUUCAAGCAGCCUUUUCAGUCUUCAGCAUCUCGAGAGCCUGAGUUUGGCUUAUAACGACUUCAACCAUUCUCAUGAGAUUCCAUCAGAGUUUGACAAGCUUGCGAAUUUGAGUUAUUUGAAUCUAUCACAUGCUGGCUUUGCCGGGCAGAUUCCUAUUGCGAUUUCGCGCUUGACAAGGUUGGUUACCCUUGAUUUAUCUAUCGAUUAUUACUUUGAGUACAUCUAUCCACUGAAACCAAUGAAACUUGAGAGUCCAAAUUUAAAAGUGUUGAUUCAAAACCUUUCGGAGCUUAUGGAACUUAAUCUUGAUGGUGUACUUAUAUCAGCUCCAGGUAAUGAGUGGUGUCGGGCCUUAUCAUCUUCACUCCCAAAUCUGAGAGUGUUGAGCUUGUCAUUUUGCAAUCUUUCAGGCCCGAUUGAUUCCUCCUUGCGGAAUCUUCAUUCCCUCUCAAUUAUUCGUUUGAAUGGUAACAAUUUUUCUGCUCCAGUUCCAGAAUUUUUUGCAGAUUUCAAAAAUUUGACAUCCUUGGAUUUCUAUAGUUGUGAUCUGAAUGGAAAAUUUCCGGAAAAGAUCUUCCAGGUUCCAACGCUACAGACGCUUGGCUUGUCAAAUAACUUUCUACUUGAAGGUUCUUUGCCAGAAUUUCCUCCAAAUGGAUCUCUUCAAACCAUGGUUAUUCACGGAACAAGUUUUUCUGGGACAUUACCGUCUUCUAUCGGUAACCUUAAAAUGUUGUCAACAGUAGGUCUUGGGAGUUGCAAUUUCAUUGGAUCAAUUCCAGACUCAAUGGCGAGCCUCACGCAAUUGAAGUAUUUUGAUAUCUCAUACAACAAAUUCAGUGGAUCAAUUCCAAAUUUCAGCAUGUGCAAGAAUCUUGAGAUUUUGUACUUGAGUGGCAAUUUACUAAAUGGGAAUAUUCCAGAUUCUCUAUUUUCACAUCCAUCAUUGCAAGAGUUAGAUCUUUCCUAUAAUCAAUUUUCUGGUCAACUCAAAGAAUUUUCCAACGCUUCUUCCUUCUUGGAAUACCUUUAUUUGGAUAACAACCAUUUGGAAGGGCCAAUACCCAUGUCUAUCUUUGAACUCCAUGGUCUUCGAUAUCUCUCGCUUGGUUCAAACAAAUUUAAUAACUCCCUGAACCUUAGUGUGAUUCAGCAGUUAAAAAAUCUUUCGUACCUUGAUCUUUCUCACACCAGCUUGUUAUCUGAAUAUAAUGAUUUUAACUUUUCAUCUUUGGAGAGAUGCCCAACUGGAUCUGGAAACUUCCUAAUCUUUUUCACUUAG